CCGAGGAUCCCCAUCACUGGUCUAAGCCACGCAUGCGUUGGUAUCUCUCUGCAAUCGCUGUGUUUGCCAUACGAUGGAAUAGAUCGUCAUGUAUACUAAUCUUUGUUGUGUCCUUUCCAGGGGUUCCCUUGUCUACCCAGUGGGGUCCGCAGGGAUAUUUCUACCCAAUCCAGAUCGCCCAGUAUGGGUUGAGUCACUACAGCAAGAACCUGACGGAGAAGCCCCCCCAUGUGGAGAUGUAUGAGAAGGCGGACGAGAAGAGUGAAGGGGCGCUCGGGACGUGGUCUGUGCCUAAAGGAGCGUCUGUGACCACCGUCUACGACAAGACCAAAGGGAGUCAUGUCAGGAAUUUCGUGGUUCCAGAAAAUUCAGAGGGAGCCUCGUUAACGUUGGGCAACGCCAGAGACUUCAUUCUGUCCCUUGACUUGAAGUUCUUGACGAACGGUAGCAUUUCCGUGGUUCUGGAGACCACCGAGAAGAACCAACUGUUCACCAUACACUACGUGACCAAUACGCAGCUCAUUGCUUUCCAUAACCAUGAUGUUUAUUAUGGGGUGGGAUCUCGGACAGCCUGGAGCACGCUGACCCGUGACUUGUUGACGGACUUGAAGAAAGGAGUAGGACUGUCCAACACCAAGGCCGUUCGUCAAACGAAGAUCAUGCCGAAGAAGGUUGUCCGCCUCGUGGUAAAGGGCAGCGGUUUCCUGGAUAACGUCACCAUCUCCACCACUGCCCACACGGCUGCUUUCUUUGCCGCCAGUGAUUGGUUGGUGAGGAAUCAGGACGCCAAAGGUGGCUGGCCAAUUAUGGUGACUAGAAAGCUGGGAGAGGGCUUUAAGGCUCUGGAACCAGGGUGGUACUCUGCCAUGGCACAGGGGCAGGCCAUAUCGACAUUGGUCCGUGCGUACCUGCUGACUAAGGAGCAGGCGUAUCUAGACUCGGCUCUCAGAGCAACCGCUCCUUUCAAAUUGCCUUCAGAGAAGCACGGGGUGAAAGCUGUGUUUAUGAACAAAUACGACUGGUACGAGGAAUACCCUACGACGCCUAGCUCCUUUGUGCUGAACGGCUUCAUUUACGCUCUGCUUGGUCUCUACGAUCUUAAAGAAACCGCCGGGGAAAAGCAGGGCAAAGAGGCGCGGCUGCUAUACGAGCGGGGGAUGGAGUCGCUCCGCGCCAUGUUGCCUCUUUACGACACGGGUUCAGGAAGUAUCUACGACUUGAGGCACUUCAUGCUAGGCACUGCCCCAAACCUUGCCCGUUGGGACUAUCACACCACCCAUAUCAAUCAGCUGCAGCUCCUGGCCAGUAUGGACGGCUCGCCAAUAUUUAGGGACUUCAUCCGCCGUUGGAAGUCUUAUUUGAAGGGGGGCAGGGCCAAACAUAACUAAAGAGAAUCAAUGUGGGGGGGGGGGGGGAACCCAGCCAGAAACCAAAAGCUGUCCGGAGUAUUGGCAGAUGUCCAAGUUCAGCUCCUUGCAUUUUCUUCCUGCUUGGGGAGGGGGAGGGUAGCUUUGUUAGUCCCCCUGGCUGCUUUUGAACUCCAGCUCCCAGCAUUCUCUUCUGCUGUGGGACGUUGGGAGCUGUGGUUCUACAAUGCGUGUUAAACAUUUUGGGGUUUUAUUUAAAAAAUUUGUCUUUGGGGAGGAUCCAAUCAGGAGGAGGGUUUCAGCCAGAAUUUUUUUUUCUUUUAGUUUGUUCUGUGCCUUCUGUCCUUAUGAUGUCAUAGUAGAAGAGGGAACAUUGUAAACUUCAAGCUAUAACCCCCUAAGGGGGAGGAAAUCCUUUAUUAUGAUCGGUUGGUGGGACUGACCUAUUGGGUUGGUGGAAAAAAUUCCCAGUGUACAUAUAUUGUGUUGACAAUCAUACGGGGUAACUAGUUCUCUUUUAUUGACAUCGUAGGCAGAAGCGUGCGGUGCUCCUAUAUCCUCUGUUUGAACCCUCCCCCCCCACAUGCCCAUUAAUAUGGUUAGCAAGACUCUCGGUAUCCUGUCUAAUGCACUUUAAUACCUCUCAUGUUGCUGCAAUGGUGUCCUGGUGUAAGAUUUCUAGACCUUUCCACCAUACCCCUCUCGGGGGGGUUCCAAAAAUUCCACUCAAUGGAGCCAACUCUCCUCUAACUUGGUGCCGGAUACAUCUCUGUUGAAGAUGAUUACCAGGUAUGGUUUCUUUUUUUGCUUGUUGACCUGGGGAAGCUUAGGGUCUCCCCCCGGGCUCUCUGGGCCAUUUUUUGGGUGAAGGUAAGAAAGAAGUCCACCCCCAACGCCCUGCAUACUGAAGGAGCAUAAGCGAAAUCGCCACACACCAUACAAAGCCGUUUGUAAUGGAAAUGAAAGCAGCCUCAACUACUCUGACCAAGCUACGUACACGACGCGUUUCGUCCUGCCCCUAGGGCUAAACUAGGUAUAACUAAAGGCAAAACUUUUUUUUUGUUUUGGACAAAGUGAAGAGGGAUUAGAACCCCUGUCAGGUUUUAUUGCUGGCUGUGCCUCUGUUAGUGGGAGAUUCAUCCUCCUAUUUGUCCUGUUCAUUGAAAGUAAAAGAGAAUCCCAAAUUUUGUGCUGCCCCAGAAAAGUAAUAGAGGGGG